AGGAAAUACAGAUCGCUUGUGUUGAAAGCGAUACCACAAUAAACGUUUCAGUGUGGUCUAAUUAAGUAAACAAAAAUAUGGGUCUUCUUAGUGUUUUACCUGUAUUUUCAAGAUUAUCUAAAUAUGCUAUCACAUGUACGCAUGGUAUAUCUACUUAUAGUAAUCCACUACAAUUUGGUAUAACCAAUAUGCUUCUCGCAGAACCAUUGAAAAAAAAGAAGAGAUUAGAUCCAGCUGUAAUUAGACAAAGAGAGGAAAGAAAAAGAAAAAGAUUGGAAAAGUCAAUUCGUCGUUUACAAAAAUAUGCUAAGAAAUUAAAACCUAUUAAUGAAUUGGAAAUACCAUUAUUUUUAAAAACUGAAGAAGAAGAAAGAAAACGUAUCGUUCCACCUUUAUCCGAAGAGGAAGAAGAUAGAAGAGUAUUGUUAUACAAAGAAUGGGCUAGAUAUAAAAAUAUACAACAUAAGAAUGAUAUUAAGACGAUAGAAGGGUUAAUUUUGUCUCAGAAAAGAGCACUGAGAGAGCUAAAAGCUGAAUCAGAAGAAUUAUACAAUGAAGCGAUACAGAUUGAUCUUACCUUUUUACCAUAUUUAAGACAAGGUCCUUGUCACACACCACCAAUAAAAAACUAUGAUAGUCCAGAUGGGGAAUAUAUAGAUAUAACAUUAAAAUAUCCGGGUGAAACAUAGCUAAGUUAAAUGAAAUUUUAAUUAAAUUGUAUGUAUAAAUAAGAUAAAAAUUAAUAUUAUCAAUAUAAAAUAUUAGCAAAUUUUAGCAAUUUUUAUAAUCAUAGUACUAGACUAUAUAGUAUAUAUAGUAUAGACUAUAAAUUAAAUAUAUAAAGAUGUAUAUAUAUAUAUAUA